CCGUGGCCCGGGGUCCACGCGCGUCCACUCCGUCAAGGUCCACUUGUGACCCGCGGCUCUUUUUAAUGCUUGAAAUAGACUUCUAGCGGACUUAUCGAGAAGGAUUUUUUUUUAGAAAAGGAUUUACAUUUGGCUUUAAAGCUACAUUCAGAGGACUCCCCCUCUUCCUACCGCUGCCUGCCCAACGCGACAACUAUGAGGGGACCGCGUGCGCACGCCUCUGUGGGACUUCUGCUGCUGCUUCUCACGUGCACGCUCGUCGGCGCUGCACCCACGACCCGAGCGAGCGUGGGCCAGGGUUGGAGGCGCGCCACCGAGCCGGCGAUGCGCGUGGAGGAGCUCGGCCGCGGCGCCGGGAUCACGACCAUGACCAAGACGCGGGCGGCCGAAGCCCCCCGGAGCCGCUGGAGCGGUGCCGUGACCGUGAACCCCCGCGGGCAACACAGAGAUUUACGCAGAUCCAAAGCAGACAGAAGGGAUCGGCCAGUCGCAGCGGCAGCAGCAGCAGCAGCAGCCGCCGCCGCCGCCGCCACCUCCCCCGGACGGAAGGACAAAUACCUGAAGCACAUCACAGGUCCGCUCUAUUUCAGCCCCAAGUGCAGGAAGCACGUGUACCAGGUGUACCACCAGACCCGGGACUGCACCAUCGCCGCGUAUUUCAAACGAUGCGCGCGGCUGCUCACGCGUCUCGCCGGCAGCCCCAUGUGCACGGGGGCGUAACCCCCGGCCGGCCGGCCGGCCGGCCGACCAGGGCCAGCCACCCGGCCGCUCCGUCUCGGCUGCUGAACAGCGCGCCGAAAGUCGGCCGGACGGACACGGCAAAGGGGACGGACAAUGGGCGUGCUCUUUCCUGCAAUCCAAACGGUGUGAAAAGUGCCUCCAACGUGGAAGAAACCGUUUGUUGAACUCAGCCGUAAGAAGGGUCCUGCAACUCAAGUCUACGCUGGUCCAAAGGAAAAAAAGGUGAGCGGACUUCUUGGGAGUCUCACACAGACAAGAGGAUGGGCCGCCUGCUUGAAGCGAAAAGGAUACGGACUGGACGGGCCCAAGCACCUGCACCAGAUGUUAAGCGGACUUCAACGUGGAGGGGAAUAACAGAACAUAUUUAUAUUUCAAGGUUUUCGUGCGCGUUGUCUUCAACCCACGCUACACAGAUAUAUUUAAAUAAAUGAUAUCGUUGGUUUAAAAAAAUAAAAAAUCAUGUUUGA